AGCUUUUGGGCCCAAUUUUAGAUCUACCUCCACUCCCUGAGUCGAACAGCAGAGGUUUCUGAGACGUAAGCUUCCGCCAUGGAGUUCGAAUCAACAUACGAAAUUUCCCGUACCGUCGACUUCAUACGCAGUGGAAACUUCAUUAAAGCGGCUUUGCAGUUUCCAGACGAGCUCUUGAAGGACUCAGUAAGAGUUGCGAAGGCUUUAAAGGACAAGCUUCACUGGCUAAGAGAAUCGGAAACCGAACGAAAUAACGACGUUAAAGAUGUUUCUAUCUUCGUCAUGGCGGACACGGCGUACGGCAGCUGUUGUGUUGACGAGGUCGGAGCUUCGCACGUCGGAGCUGAUUGUGUCGUGCAUUACGGCCAUGCGUGUCUCAGCCCGACCACUAAGCUUCCAGCCUUUUUCGUCUUUGGCAAAGCUCCUAUGAAUGUGUCUGAUUGCGUCAAAAAUCUCACAGAUCAAGCUAUGACCAAUGACAAACCUGUUUUGGUCCUUUUUGGGCUGGAAUAUGCACAUUCGAUACAGAACAUCAGAGAAGAAGUGGUAGAAGCUUGUGGGUCUAGAUCCCAGUUCGAAAUCCAAUUUGCAGAAAUUUUGUGUUCAGAAAUGAAUGCAUCUGAUAACCAGAACGUAUGCAGUCGGGGAAUGCUACCAGCUGGCUUAUUGACUAAUAAUAAAAGUUUUGGGAUGGUCGCAGGUAACAGAUAUGCAAUCGGAGGUUUGCACUGGGAGUUGCAUGCGGAACAAAAAAUGGAGGACUACUUGCUAUUUUGGAUUGGUUCUGACAAUUCAGCAUUUGCAAAUGUUGUGCUUACAUAUAAUGGCUGUGAAAUAAUCAGAUAUGAUGCAACCGAAAAUUGCAUGGUGACAGACUUAUCUCAACAGAAAAGAAUUCUUAUGCGCAGAUAUUACCUUGUGGAGAAAGCAAAGGAUGCUAACAUUGUUGGCAUUCUGGUUGGCACACUUGGUGUUGCUGGUUACCUGCACAUGAUUAAUCAGAUGAAAGAUUUGAUUGCGGCAGCAGGGAAAAAAGCUUAUACGCUUGUUAUGGGAAAACCAAACCCUGCAAAACUUGCCAACUUUCCAGAGUGCGAUGUCUUUGUUUAUGUUUCUUGUGCCCAAACGGCUCUUUUGGAUAGCAAAGAGUAUUUAGCUCCAGUUAUUACUCCGUUUGAAGCAAUGUUAGCUUUCAACAGGGGACAAUGGACAGGAGAAUAUGUAAUGCAAUUCCAGGAUUUGAUCGAUUCAUCACUUAUAGAGUCACAGAACCACUCAAAAGAGGCACGCUUUUCCUUUUUGCAAGGUGGUUAUGUAGAAGAUUUUUAUAUACAAGAGAAUAAUGAAGAAGACGAGGAAGGAGGUCUUACUUUAGCACAUUUGACAGAGCAGGCUCUACAAUUGCGUGAUAAUCCAAAUUCUCUAGCCAAGCGAACAGUGAAAUCUGGUGCAGAGUUUCUGGCAGGUCGAUCUUAUCAAGGUUUAGAGAUACACAAUAAAAAUGAAUUGCCGGAACGAUACAUUGUUGGAAGGAGUGGGAGGGCAGCAGGGUACCAAGAUGAGAAGUCUUAGAAGGAGAGUUUUGAUUAAUCUAUCAAAGUAGGGAAAGAGAAGAAAGUAGCCAAGUGAAUGUGGAUAGGUUCUUCAUUAGUCUGCAUGAAGCAUAUAUGAGAGGCAAGCCUAACAAAAACUCUAUAGUAAAUUUUGACUGUUCGUGCCUGUGAUAGGUUUUGAAGGAUUUUUGUUUUUAUUACACCUGCAAUUCAUCAAAACAACAUUUUACUUGUUCGAAUAUAUUCAUUCAAAAAUGUUUCAAUCUUUGUUCCAUGUAACAUUAUAAUGAUAAUUUUAGGUGUUUUUUUCAUAAAUACACAUUUGUUAUGUUUUUUUUUA